AGGAAGCUCCUACACCGGCGCCGCAGGCGUGUACGUAGACUAGUACGUGGCUUGUUUUUUAGAAACUUUCUCGACUCCCGAUUCGAUAUCGAUGUAAUAACAGUAAAAAUAUUAACAAACAAAUUAGAGCUGCUCUGGAACUUAGUUUUUGCCAUUUAUAGUUCAUGCAUUCUGAUGAUUUACCCAAAAUGGCACAUCAUACCAUGGCAACAAGCACAACCAUGACAACAACAGUUCGUCAUAUUUUUGAGAAGCAUGUUGAAUCCACAUUGCUGCUGGUCGAAAUACAUCGCUGCAAAAUAUGCAACUUUUACUCAUCGCACAGCGGGGUCAUGAGUGAUCAUGUAAGGAGCUCCCACGUCACAAUGGCCAGCGAGGAAAAAGAUUUUGCCAACAUUUCGGAAGAAUCUUCGCAGCAACAAGACCCCGAUACACCACUGAAAAUUGUAUUGAAUGAUAUACAGAACUUGCAGUGUUUGAAAUCUAUUCCAAAAGAUCAAGUUGUCUUGAAAAUGUUAUGUAACUCGAGAACCAAUGAUUGUGGUGUGUUGCAGCCUCAGCAAACUGAGAAAGAGGUUGAUGGUUCUGAAAUGGAUCUGGCAAGAUUUUAUGACUUUCUCAUCACGGAAAGUAAAUUGUGCAUAAGUGAAAAAUCAUCAAAGGAAGCAACAAGUCAUUUGGGAGGAGAUACUAUUGAAAGAAGGAAACAAAUUAAAGUGCAAGCCUUGUCCCCCAAAGUAAAAAGUGACAAGGCAAAUUCAGAUAUAGGGAGGACCAGGAAAGAUGGUUUGAGGGAUUUGAGAACCAAGGUGGAAAAGAAAGAGGAAGAUACUUCGAUCGCAGCAUCUGCCAUCAAACUCGACUUUAACAGGGCGUAUGAAUCGAUGAUGGCAGCAGCGAAACUCAGAAGCGAGACAGUGGAAGAGAAGGGUACAGAGAAAGGAGCAGGCUGGAUUCCGGAAAUGCCGAUCGUUGACAAGUCCCUGUCAUCGGGUGUAGCGGUGAGCGAGGGUCAGGCUCCUGGAUCCGACACUGGCCAAGACUUGCCGCCUCACGUUUCUUCAGAACCUGAAGCGAUGUCCGAAGAGACGGAGAAUGUUGAGAGUUUAAAGCAGGAGAAGAAUCCUCCUCAAGGCAGCCAGACCAUAGUGGCCAACUCAGAUCCAUUACCUAGGACAUCAACAGAUGAAGACAUGGCAACAUCAUCAUUGGACAAAGAUCAAGGACAAACCCCAGAGGAUGGUCCCCGACCAGCCCCGCAGACAUUGCCCCUGGUGAUGUUGGAAGGGUCCAAGCUCUACGGCAGCGUGGACUUCCAAGCGAUAGCUCAACGAGCCUCACAGUCCAACCCCGAAGCCACCACUAUCACGGUUGUGCAGCACACCGGUGGUAGUCGCCCACCUACGACCAUCCACUUCAAGAAGAGCCUCAAGAGCGAGGCUAUAAUUCCGACUGGAGAAUCGCUCGGUAUCGAAUCGCCCUUCUUGCGUAAAGAAUACACAGGUUCCAAGAUCUUCGCUUGCAAGGAGUGCCACUCUCGGUACAAGACGGCCAACGAGCUUGAGCGACAUGUUGUCAAGAAGCACCAGAAAAAGAAAAGUUACCUCUGUGAGAUCUGCGGCGAUGCCCUCGCGACUCGCUCCGGGAUGAAAAUCCACAUCAUGCGCAAGCACGCCGACACCAAGGUCCUCACUUGCAACGUCUGUGACUACAUGACGCGAUCAUCAGCAAGGCUUACGAUUCAUCAGAAGAAACACAGCAAGCAAACGUCAGAGUUCCACUGCGUACCUUGUAAGAAGAGUUUCGUGACGGCCUCCAAGCUCCAGCAGCAUAAACACUCGCCAAUGCACAAGAACGCUGUGGACCCGAUUAUCUGCGAGCAUUGUGGGUAUGUCACCAAGAAGAGGGAUAACUUCCUGGUUCACAUCAGGAAGCACACUGGGGAGAAGCCGUAUCGUUGUAAUCACUGUAACUACGCCGCUGCUGAUGGGAGCACUCUCAAGCGUCAUGUGAUGGCCCGUCAUUCUUCCAUCAGACCAUUUCGCUGCUCCCAGUGCCAGUUCUCUUGUGUGGACAAGAAAGGGCUGACGGUACAUCUGCGAAAACACACGGGUGAGAGACCAUUCCUUUGCGACCUUUGCCCCUAUGCUGCUAAACGAAGUGGCGCCCUCACUGUUCACCGGAGGACACAUUUCCAUGACAACAAGACGUCCGUACCCAGUCCUAAAGACGAUCUGACAAUCGAUGGUGGCACAGAGGUUGCUUCAUACGUUGACAUCAGUGACCUACCCAUAACCCAUGUGCCUUUGACGUCCUUGUCUCCUAACAGGAGCUACCCAGCUCAGUUAUCAACACAUACUCCAGCCUCAUCCGAUCUCACCUCACUCCCUGGUAGCCAUGAAGGAAUGCCAUCCAACCAGUCUGCCACAGCUUCUGUCCAGCUUUCAGCCGAAGUCAUCGGUGCUCAGGAAACAGAUCAGUCGGUCGGAGCUCUGUGGCAGUCAGUAUCAUAAUGAGGUCAUCGGUGCUCAGGAAACAGAUCGGUCGGUCGGAGCUCUGUGGCAGUCAGUAUCAUAAUGAGGUCAUCGGUGCUCAGGAAACAGAUCAGUCAGUCGGAGCUCUGUGGCAGUCAGUAUCAUAAUGAGGUCAUCGGUGCUCAGGAAACAGAUCAAUCGGUCGAAGCUCUGUGGCAGUCAGUAUCAUAAUGAGGUCAUCGGUGCUCAGGAAACAGAUCAGUCAGUCGGAGCUCUGUGGCAGUCAGUAUCAUAAUGAGGUCAUCGGUGCUCAGGAAACAGAUUAGUCGGUCCGAGCUCUGUGGCAGUCAGUGUCAUAAUGAGGUCAAAGGUCAAGCCAAACGUCUUAUUUUUGUUUCUUCCAGGAAACCAGGGAAUCGUCAUUUUCCUCGUACCGCAGAAUUAAUUGUUAUGAUGUUGAUGUUGUUUAUACUAGGUCUUAUUUAUUUACAGAAUGGUACGAAUUCUUCUUUUUAGAUUGUGUAUUCAAAGAAAUGCUAGAUUUACCUGCCCCCAAAAUGAUUUGACAGGAUUUGAAAAUGCCUGUGUCAUUUUUCUGAUAGUUGUUCAUGCAUCUACCUGACAAAUGAUUGCAUUCUGAUAGUUGUACAUGCAUCUACCUGACAAAUGAUAGCAUUCUGACUGUUGUGCAUCUACCUGAAAAAUGAUACCAUUCUGACUGUUGUGCAUCUACUUGACAAAUGAUAGCAUUCUGAUAGUUGUACAUGCAUCAGCUACCUGACAAAUGAUUGCAUUCUGAUAGUUGUUCAUGCAUCUACCUGACAAAUGAUUGCAUUCUGAUUGUUGUACAGGCAGCUACCUGACAAAUGAUUGCAUUCUGAUUGUUGUACAGGCAUCUACCUGACAAAUGAUUGCAUUCUGAUUGUUGUACAUGCAUCUACCUGACAAAUGAUUGCAUUCUGAUAGUUGUACAUGCAUCAGCUACCUGACAAAUGAUUGCAUUCUGAUUGUUGUACAGGCAGCUACCUGACAAAUGAUUGCAUUCUGAUUGUUAUACAUGCACCUACCUGACAAAUGAUUGCAUUCUGAUUGUUGUACAUGCAUCUACCUGACAAAUGAUUGCAAUCUGAUUCUCAGGAAAUUUUGCACAAUUGAUUUUGAUACAAAUUAUGCAUAGAAAUAAUAGUAAUUCAUAAAUGUAACAGGCUCACUUCAAAUCAUCAGGUUAAUCGCAUCAGGUCGGGUGGUCGCAUUUCCGGUCACACAAUAUUUUGUGAAAACGAAAGCGGAAGAUCAUGUAAAAUUGCGUGUUAAGGAUGGGUCCUUUUAUAGAUUAGCUGUAGGGUUUUCACAGUGUUGGGUAAAUUGGACCAGACCAUUCGAAGAUGAGGGGUAUUUUUCACAAACACUACCUCUGUCAUUUCGUGAGUAAAAUGGCAUGCUUUCACAACAGGUCGAGUAACGACUCGACGCUAUGACCCGAUGAUAAGCCAUUAUAACAUUGUAAAUUGUAUUGAGUAUUCAUGUAAUGGGCUAAAUCAAUGUAACAUAACUUUAUUAGCAUUAUUAUUAUUAUCAUUGUUAUCAUGAUCAUGAUUAUUAUUACUAUUAUUGUUAUUAUGAUUAUUAUAA